AGUCGUUGUGAGCAACUCGUGCGCGUUGGACGUGUUUCAUUUUUUCUCUCCCUCAACGUGAACAACAACAAGAAAAACAAAUAAAAGGGCAACUGCAAACUGCAACCAACCCGAACCCCCCGAACGAGCAACGAGCAACGAGGCAACCAGCCAAGCAACAUUCUUGAAACGAAUUGAAUGAAACCAUGAAACAAUUGCCAGCCAUAUAGCUGCAUAAAACUGAGGCAACUGAGACAACAACUACGGAAAGUGCAACACAGAAAGUGAAGUGGAGUGAAGUGAAGUGAAGACAAGUGACAAGUGGCAGUGGCAAGCUGGCCACAAUGGACGUCAAAGAUAUCAAGGGCGCCAAGGUGACGCACGCGGGUCUGCUCAAGCACAACACCGAUGGCAGCACCGAGACCCAAAAGAUCACACAUGCCGGAUUGGUGGCACGCAGUCCCGAGGGCACCGCCGCCAAGGGCAUGAACAUACGCGGCAACGAGGAUCUGUGGGUGGAGAUCCAGGCGAACACAUUUCGCAAUUGGGUCAACGAGCAUCUGCGCGAGACGGGCAUGCAGGUGCACGAUUGGGCGACGGACUUUUGCGAUGGCACCUGCCUCUGUGCGCUUGUCGAGAGCCUGCAGACACGCCCCCUGAAGCCAUCAUGGAAUCGCCGACCGGCGAAUCAGCAUCAUUAUCUCGAGAAUGCAACGACAGCACUCAAAUCCAUUGAGGCGGAUCACAUCAAACUGGUGAACAUUGGCAACGUUGACAUUGUCAAUGGCAAUGUUAAGUUGAUUCUGGGACUCAUCUGGUCGCUGAUUGUCCGCUAUCAGAUUGGACGCAGCAAAUUCCCGCCGCGCAAGCUCAUGCUUGCCUGGCUGCAGGCGGCGUUGCCAGACUGCAAGAUCACCAAUCUGACAACCGAUUGGAAUAGCGGCGUCAAUCUGGCAGCACUGCUCGACUACUGUCAGCCGGGAUUGUUUCCACACUGGCGUAGUCUGGAUCCUAGUCAGAGUGUGCGCAACUGCACCAAUACCAUGAAUCUGGCGCAACGCGAAUUCGGUGUGCCCAAGGUGCUGGAGCCGGAGUAUCUGGCAUCGCCUUGGCUGGACGAGUUGUCGGGCAUGACGUAUUUGUCGUACUUCAUGAAGCCCGGCGGACCUGGUUACAACGCCACCAUGCGUUGGGUCAACACUCAGGUCAAGGAUCCCGUGAAAAACUUUACGACCGAUUGGAACGAUGGACGCGUCUUUUGCGAAAUUAUUAAAGGACUGGGCGGAUCUGCGCCCGCCCCAGACAAGCUGAGCACGGAUCCCUUCCACUACGAGAACAACAUACGCAAGGCAGUCGAUGCUGGCGCCAAGCUCGGUGUGCAGCCCAUUUUAACGGCGAAGGAUAUGGCGACACCGGAAGUGGAGCAUCUGGGCAUCAUGGCAUAUGCGGCGCAUCUGCAGUGGGUGACGCCACGACCGCCGCUCUCCGACCUGGUCAACGUGUACUUGGAGAGCACAUCCGGCCGAGUGGGCGAACCGACGCAUUUCCGCAUCGAUGUGCUGUCGCGGGACAUCAGCCUGAGCUCUGUGCGCUGUCACGUGGUGCCCCCUAGCGGACAUCCCGGCCAGCCGGUGCGCCUCAAUCCCCAUGGCGAGGGUGUCUAUGUGCCGGAACGCUAUGGCAUGCACGAAAUUGUUGUGGAAAUUGGCGAGGACACUCUGGGUGGACACUUUUUCCGUGUGCUACCGCGACUUAUGCAAGUGGCACCGCCCGGCAUGGCGCCCUGUGCUCUGGGCAGCCUCGUCGAGGUGCUGGUGAAUGCCACAGGUGCACCCAAAACUGAGGAUAUUCUGGUCACGGCAGUCUCGCCCACGGGCAUCUCGCACAAUUGCCCGCUGAAAAAGAUCGACGAGGGGCACAGUGCCAUAUUUAAGCCGGACGAGGCGGGCAUCUGGGAGAUAGCCAUCACGUAUCAGGGACGUCACAUUCAAGGCGGCCCCUUCACCUGUGCCGUCUUCGAUUCCUCGGGAGUCUCAGUGCAUGGCCUCGAUGGCGCCAUGCCACUGCGUGCCCAUACCUUUGAGGUGGAUGCACGCGGCGUGGGCGUCAACGGAGAAUUACAUGUGGAUAUUGUGCAUGACAAGCACUCGCUUGUCUGUUCCGUGGAGAAGAUCGUGGAGAACAAGUAUCGGGUGACGUUUAUGCCCCGACAGAAUGGCAAAUAUCGCGUCUACAUCUACUUCAAUGGCUACGACGUCAAGGGAUCGCCAUUCAUCAUGCGCGUGGGCACCAAGGGACGUUCGGGCAAGACACGCAACAGUCCGUUGCAUGAGAGCAAACAUCGCUCCGAGAGUCCCUCCAUGCACUUUAUAUCCACGACGAACUCACGCCACAACGACUAUCGCAACGAGUCGCUAUCGCGUCGUCAGCUGCAUAGUCACAACACGGCUGAGCGGACGAGCAGCUAUUCACCGCAGUAUUCUCCCAAGCUGGACACAACCGAUUAUCACACGUCCAGCUCUAGGUACUACAAGCGGGAGAGCGAGGAGAACCACGCGUCCCCCACACCACCGCUGCCUCCCACAUCGAGUGGCUCACCCACUGUGAAGUAUCUGAACUCUGCCGAUCUGUACACGGAAACAGCGGGCGCCCGCCGCGAUUCGAAGACCUCGAACAGCAGCUCGACCAAGAACGAUUACUACUACGACAAGGAGAAUGAGCUGUACAGCCAGCGGCGUAUGAGCACCAAGCCUAAGCUAGCGGCGCCACGCGAGGAACGAGAGCAAAUCAACAGCAACAGCAACUACAGCAGCACCAGCAGCUAUCAACGCCACCAGCAGCUGACCAGCUCGCUGAGUCCAAUACCUAGUCCCACACUGAAUACGCGCUCGAGUGAAAUGCAUUCGCACAGUCCGCUGACUAUCAAGACGUCCAAUCAGUAUGAAAGCUCCACUCGCAACAUUACAAACAGUCCAAGACACGCCUCCGCCUCGCCGGUGCAGCGUUACUCUCCGAAUAGUGCCUACAUCACCACAGCCACGCAUCGCAUUGGUAGCCCGGUGACCAACACCCUCAACAAGAAUGGCUACGAAUCGCGCACUGUAGAAAAGUCAUCGACGUACAAAUCCACCUCGAACUAUGUCACGGACUCGAAUGUGCGAGCCAGUCCCUCGCUGUAUGGCACCACAGAGCGCAUGCGUCGCAUUGGCUCGCCGGAGCCACGCAUUGAUCACUCAUCCAAUGUGCGUGUGUCGUCGAUGAAGCCGGCGUCGGCCCGACGCGAUAGCUGGGAUGUCAUCAAUAAGACAAAGCAUAUGCUCUCGCACAAUUCGCUGGAAUCGUUGGCGAACAUGACCGAGACGCAGCUGAGCACCGAACUUAACUAUGCACGCCCCGAUUUGGACAACGAAACACAGCGCAAUACACAGUACAACAAGUUUGCCUUGCACAAGCAACAACAACAGCAGCAGCAUCAGUCGGACUAUCGACGCGAUUCACCCGACGACGGAGAGCGCUACAAACCCAGUGCCAUCACAGUCAAGUCACACUCGAACAACACUUAUACGGACAGAUCUGGCGGCUACACCAAGACCGUCAAGGAGUCCAGCGAGCAUGUGGUCACCGAAAGCAACGGACACAGUCCACAGACUGGCGCCGGCUAUGGCUACAGCUCGCUUUCGCGUUUUCGACCCAUAGACAAUAAUGCGACCGGUGCUAGAGCCAUUCGGGUGCAGGAUAUUCCCAAUGGUUCCAUUGGACGACCCGUUGAAUUUGAAAUCGAUGGCUCGAAGGCCGGCUCGGGAAAUCUGGAAAUACUUGUGAAUGGCGGACGUGUCACUUCCUCGGUUCGUUCCCUGGGCGGACAACGUUUCAUUGCCAGCUUUACGCCACAUGAACAUGGAACCCACACCGUUCAGAUCACCUUCAAUGGCGAAACGGUACCAGGUUCACCGUGGCACGCUGAGAUCAUGUCGUCACCCGGCCUAACCGCUCUGGGCGAAUCCACACGCCUUGUGCCCGCCAAUACGCCGGCGGUUUUUGAGAUACUGCCGCCUCCUGGACAAAGCCUUAGCAAAGGCGAGUGCGUGGCAACGGUUCUGACCCCAAACAAGUCAAAGCUGAAUGCCAGAGUCACCCAUGAGGCGGCAAAUGGUGCUGCACGCAUUGAGUUCGUCCCCACCGAGGUGGGCACGCACAUCAUUGACGCGUCCAUCAAUGGCACUAAGAUCGCUGGCGGGCCUUUGAUAGCAAAGGUCUACGAUGCCAGCCUGAUCCAAGUGACCGAAGUGAACGGCGGCGUGGUGGGUCAACCAUGCCAGUUUCGUGUGGACGCCAGUGCGGCUGGUGAGGGACAGCUGGAGAUAUCCAUAAAUGAGGGCGAGGUGCCCAAUCACGUUCAGGUCGUUGGCGGCGGUCGUUGUCUCGUCUCGUUCACCCCCGAACAGGCCAAGUCCCAUUUGAUUGACAUCAAAUUCAAUGGCGAAACGGUGCGCGGCUGCCCCUUCGUCUGUGCCGUGGCGGACACCUCGCGUGUCCUCCUCAAUCUGACCAAUCUGGAGCUCAUACCCGUUAAUCGGCCCUCCUCGUUUCACAUCACCGUCAGCGGCGGUGGCGCUGCCGAGCUAGCGGUCAGCGUACGCGGUCCGCACGGUGAGCUGCCGGUCCGUGUGACAGGCGAUAUACACGCCGGAUUCACUGCCGAAUUCACGCCCACCAGCGUGGGUGGGCAUUCGAUCAACGUGGAGUACAAUGGCUUUGCGGUGCAGGGCACUCCGUUCCUGGCCAAGUCAUAUGAUGCCAGCAAGGUGGUCGUUGGUAGCGUCUCUCGUGGCACCAUGGGACGUCCGGUGCAGUUCACCGUGGAUGCGGGUGAUGCCGGCGAGGGUAAUCUCGAGAUAACCAUUGCGGCCAAGGGUCAGAAUAUACCCACACAGGUGCAUCCCCAGGGCAGUGCAAGAUUCUCCGUGUCGUUUGUGCCCACGGAGUCGUGUGAGCAUACCAUCAAUGUGUCGUUCAACAAGAUGCCCGUGCCCGGCUGUCCCAUAACGGUCAGCAUAAGUGGCGGCGUCGCCGGGCCGCAGGUGUCGCUCGGCGGCCCUGGACCCGUGCAUCAGACCAAUUCUUUUGUUAUCAAUCACAAUGGCGGCCGUUUGGAAGACAUUGAGGUCAACGUCGAAGGUCCAGCUGGGCAAUCAGUCCCUGCACAGGUUCAUCAGUCUGCCGAGGGCGUCUUCAAGGCCGAGUUCGUGCCCCGCGUUGUCGGCGAGCAUCGCGUCAAUGUCACCGUCAAUGGUUUGCCAACAGCCGGCAGUCCUUACGCCGCCAAGGUAUAUGAUGUGAGCGCUAUCAAGGUGAAGAACGUGAGCAGCGGCACUGUUGGUAAGCCCGUGACUUUCCUCGUGGAAACAUCGCAAGCAGGACCCGGUAAUCUGGAGGUAACAGUCAAUGGCGGACGUGUGCCGACUUCAGCCCAAGCUCAGGGUCAACACACCUAUGCGAUUAGCUUCACACCACGUGAAGCCGAAAGUCACACCGUGGAGCUGCGUUUCAAUAGCCAGGAUGUGCCUGGGUCGCCGUUCACUUGCCGUGUGGCAGCUGCAGCGCGCAUACAAUCACCAGAGACCAUGGACAAGGUGAGCGUGGGCCGACUCUUUGAGUUUGUUGUCGAGUCGGACACGAAGCCCACUGUGGAGGUGCUUGGCCCGGCCAGACGUAGUGUGCCGGUGAAGAUCGAUGCACUCGGCACCACGCUGGGCUACAAUGUGAAGUUCGAGCCCAUGGAGGUGGGCGAUCAUUCCGUCGAGGUGCGUCUACCCGGUGGUGGUCAUGUCGAAGGCAGUCCCUUCCUGCUGAAGGCCUACUCUGCCGAGAAAGUGAUUGUGACGGACAUACGGCCGGGUGUGGUCAACAAGAGCGUCAGCUUUGGCAUCAAUGCGUCGCAAGCAGGCGCAGGCAAUCUGGAGAUAAUCGUAGCCGUCAACGGCAAGAAUGUGCCCAACUUUGUGCAGUCCGAGGGCAAUGCUCGCUUCAAGGUGAACUUCAAGCCCACCGAGGCAGCUGCCCACUCGCUGUCCGUGCGCUUCAACGGCCACCCGGUGCCUGGAUCACCGUUCAGCUGCCACAUUGCUGCUGCCGCCGCCAGUGCUUUGGGUGCACCACGUGCCCAGGCCAUCGGCGAGUGCCUCAAGCAGGCAGCGGUCAAGAUGGACAACACCUUCGAGCUGGAGGGCUUCGAUGGCAUCGAACCGCAGAUAUUCGUCACCUCGCCAGCUGGUGACAAUGAGCAUUGUCAGCUGAGCCAGCACGAUGGCGGCAGCUACAGCGCCUCUUUCCGUCCCAGCACUGUGGGUCGCCAUCUGAUCAGCGUGCUGGCCAGUGACCAGCACAUCAAUGGCUCGCCUUUUAGCUGCAAUGUGUUUGACGUGUCACGCGUCAGCAUCAGCGGCCUGGAGCAGCAAUAUGGCCCGGCUACGCUAGGUGUUCCCGUUACCUUCAGCGUGGAUGCAGCUGGCGCAGGGGAGGGCACUUUGGAACUUGUGGUGUCCACCGAUAGCAGCACCGUCAAGGCCGAGGUCGUGGCCUGUGCACGUGGCCUCUACGAUGUGACCUUUGUGCCGCAGAGCACAGAACCGCACUAUGUCAACAUUACCUUCAAUGAGGUGGCUGUGGAUGGCAGUCCAUUCCGCGUGGAUAUUCAGCAACACACACAGCACAUUCAGAUCGGCAGCCUGGCAGCCAUUGACUUCCCGGCCGAUGAUCAAAUCGUUGAAAUUCUGGCACCCGAUCAGAAACCGGUGCCGUAUACAAUCAACCGACAGACGGCAGAGUUCCGCACUCACAUGACCGGGAAUUAUACGCUGCGCUUCAUUGAUCGCGAGACACGUCAGCACAUUGGCACACGCACACUUUGCGCCUUUGAUCCUAUGCUGGUGAAGAUCACCGAAGUUGGUGAGGCUCUCUGUCAUCGUCCGGCCAGCAUUGGCGUCUCGCUAAACGAGGCGGGACAAGGCGAGUUGGCAGCUCUGGUGCGUUGUGGCGCCACAGAAGUGCCGCACACCAUUCGUGGACCUAACAAGUCGGGUGUCUAUGAGAUUGUUUAUCAACCGACGCGUGUUGCACCCCAUAAGAUAAGCAUACUGUUCAACGACGUGCCCAUCUCGCUGAAGCCACUCGAGAUCAAUGUGCUGCCCGCAAGUGCUGGCAAAGAGAUUAGCGUCAGCGGUUUGGGACUGUAUCAGGCACGAGUGGGCAAGACCACGUCCUUUGCCAUUGACACUGUCAAGCGACCAGCACGUGAGUUCGAUGUAGUCGUCUCCGGUCCAGGCGGACAGGCGUUGCCUGUGCGGUGUUACCAAACCAAAAACGGGCAUCUGCAGGCGGAGUUCAGCAUCAACAAGCCUGGACAGUGUGUCAUCGAGGUGCUGCAUCAGUCCAAGCCGCUGCCUGGCAGUCCGUUCACCUGCGAGGCCUUCGACAGCAGCAAGGUGAGCGUGCAGGGCGUUACUAAGGAACCGCUCGCCUUGCACAGCUCCAACACUUUCACCGUGCGCACCGACAACGCCGGUACCGCCGAGCUUGAGGCCUUUGCCGUCUCGCCCACCAAUCAGAGUCUCCCCGUGCUCAUCACCGAACAGUCCGAGGGCAUUUACAACGUGGAGUUUGUGCCGUCACAGCCCGGCAAUUAUAAACUCACGCUCAUGUAUGGCGGCGAAACCAUUCCCAGCUCGCCGCUCACCUUCAACGCCUCAGCUAGUGGUGUCCGCAACGAUGCCCGGGCCGCGGGACAUGGCCUCGAGGUAUGCCAUCGCAACAAGGAGGCUUCCUUCGUUGUCUAUUGCCCCAUUGCCCCCAAUGUGCAGAUAGAGCGCGUCGAUGAGUUUGGCGAACGCAUCGAACCCAAGAUCAAGGCGCUGGGCAACAACGAGUGGCGCAUCUCCUACGUCAUUCUCUCUGUGGGCAACUAUGAAAUACGAGCCAGCUGCCCCAAUCGUGGCAGCCUGCCGGGUUCACCCUGGCGCGUCAGCUGCGUGGAGUCCACCAAGGUCACUCCUGUCGGUGGUUGGGGCACGCUGGUGGAUCACGAUGGGCGCUUGAUACUGCCAGCACGCAUUAUCUUCGAUGUGGAGAAUGCCGGACCUGGCAAGCUGGUCUGCAGCAUCGAUGGCCUCGAAAUACCCGUCGAGAAGUUGCCCGAUGGCAAGAUGUGUCUCAAUAUUACAGGCGAGAAUCUUGCAGCCGGAGAACAUGAUUUGGACUUGACAUGGAGCAGCUUAACAAUCACGCAGUGUCCGCGAAGUGCCUUCGUCACCGGCCAACAAGCUGCCGACAAAGUGGUGCUCAUGGGUCGCGGAUUGGCUGCGGCUCAAGCUGGCGAGGCGGCGCACUUCACCAUCGAUGCCUCGAAUGCGCCUGCCGGCCGACCAGAGGUCAUACUGGUCACCCAGGACAACACGGCGCUGCCCGUAAGUCUGGCACAGCCGCGUCCCAGCGAGAACAUUUGGCUCGGCUCGUAUACGCCGCAGAAAUCAAUGACGGGCACACUGACGCUCUCCGUGAAAUGGAACGGACGUCUGGUCAAGGGUUGUCCGCUGACUGUGGCCGUUGGCUCCUCAAUGGAUGCCUCGAAGGUGAUUGCCUCCGGCGAGGGUUUGCGCCACGGCAUUGUUGGCAAGGACAUCAAAUCCUGGAUAGACACACGUCGUGCCGGACCUGGCGAGCUGACAGCACACUGUGCCGGCUCACGCAAAGUGGCCUAUUGCGAGCUGUAUGAUCACGGUGAUGCCACGUUUACGCUGAACAUAAAGCCACAGGAACCGGGACGGCAUCUGCUGACCAUCAAAUAUGGUGGACAGAAUGUGCCCGGCUCACCGUUUGCCCUUAAAGUGGCGGGUGCACCCGACGCCAGCAAGGUCCGCGUUUAUGGACCUGGUAUCGAGCACGGUGUGCUGGCCACCUUCCAGUCGCGCUUCAUCUGCGACACACGCGGCGCUGGCGCUGGACAGUUAACGGUGCGAGUCCGUGGUCCCAAGGGCGCCUUCCGCGUCGAGAUGCAGCGCGAGAGUCAAAAGGAUCGCACCAUUCUAUGCAAAUACGAUCCCACGGAGCCUGGGGAUUACCGUGUCGAAGUGAAGUGGGCUGGCGAAUUUGUGCCCGGUUCGCCCUUCCCGGUGAUGAUCUUUGACACAGAGGAGGAGUUACGAAGGUACUUGCAGGGCAUAUGAGGCCAGCUCAACCACCAUGUCAUCGUCUUCCCCAGUGGCCUGAGUCCACUGUCCAUGCGCUAUCAGCCCCAGCAUCAGUCCCAAUCGCAGUCACACCGGCAAUCGCCUUCACGUCGGGCCGCCUGCGUGCCGCUCUAGCGGAAUGCAGAUGUCAACUGGACCAACAUAUAUAUUACAAACUAUUAUAUAUAUAUAUAUAUAUUGUAUACUUAAAUGUGUUACGACGACUACUAACUAGAUUUUAGCUUAAUACCGAAACCACAACCGAACGAAACAUCCAAGAGUCUAGAGUAUAGCCCCCUAAUUUUGGGGGUUGAACACAAAUGGCUUCGGUGCUACGAUUAAUAGCUUUCUGUUCUUCUAGUUGUAAGCCUAAUCUUUAUUACGAUAAUACAAUGUUAUGAAGUGUAGCAAAAGUAUUCGAUACAAAUACACAAAAUAUACACAA